GCAUCGCGCGCCGAACGUCGACGCCACGUCCACGCAACCACCGCAGCAGGGCCGCCUGCACUCGCUGCACGCCAUGGACGACGGCGGCGAAGACCCCGCGCUCGCUAGCGCCUUUACCGUCGACAGCCAGCGCCUGGAGCUCGACUUCAGCUUCUGUCCGCGCCUGCUCAAGGGCAAGACGCAGAUCACCAUCCAGCCGCAGUCGCCCAAGCUCAAGGAGAUCCACCUCAGCUGCCGCCAGCUCAAGCCGUCGCGCGUGCGCCUGCUGGGCCGCAACGUCCACCUCGAGUACCACGACCAGUACGACCAUCUGGGGCUGCCCCCGCAGCACACCAUCCACCAGUACCACUUCCUGCGCAACCGCGUCGGCCGCCAUGAGAUCGGCAUCGAGGAGGAGCUGAAGAUUCCCCUGCCGCCGGACUUCAAGAUCCCGACGCGGCGCAUGCAGGGCUCGCAGGAGAUUGUCUGCGAUCCGCUGGUGGUGGAGAUCGAAUACAAGCUCGACGACUUCCGCGACGGCCUGCACUUCGUCGGCACCGGCGAGGGCGACUCGCGCUUUCCCCACGUAUACACGCGCAACACAGGCUUCCCGGGCUUCGCUUCCUCCUUGUUCCCCUGCGUAGAUGACGGGAACACGCGCAUCCCUUUCGAGCUGUCUGUCCGGUACCCGCGCACUGUGGCCGAUGCCCUCGGAAAGGGUUCUGCCUCCGCCAGCGGGUCGCAGGCGAAUGGCGUUCACAAGGCCGAUAGCGUUUUGGACGGAUCUAAUGACGAUAAUGAUUUGACCGAGGAGGAGCGGGCGUUGGAGAUGCGGGCUGUCUGCUCCGGCGAGCUGACUGACACUAUUGUCGAUCCCAAGGAUCCAACCCGAACUACAUCCAGCUUCCGCAUAGACCCCAUCACCGGAGGUGGCAUCCUCCCACAGCACGUAGGCAUUACAAUAGGACCGUUUCAAGAAGUGGAUCUCUCGAAAUUUCGCACCGAGUCUGAAGGCGACCGCCUGCAGGAUCAAGCCGUUCGGGUACACGCCUUCUGUUUGCCGGGGAGGGAGGACGAACUCAGCAACAGCGCGCAGAUGAUACCGAGGACGCUUGAUAGCUUCGUAGACUGCUAUCAGACUUAUCGACUGGGGAAAUCGUACGAACUUGUUUUCGUGGAUGAUCUACCUUACGACACUGCGCAUACCAUGGCACUCACCAUCUGCAGCUCUCGAUUGCUGUACCCAGAGAGCGUCUGGGAACCGUUAGAGCAUACCACACGGACUCUAGUACAUGCCGUUGCGAGCCAGUGGAUUGGUGUCGAUGUCAUUGCUCAAGAAUUUCGCGACCACUGGAUAAUAGCAGGAGCAUCCUGGUUCAUGACCGAGUUUUACCUGCGCGACCUACUUGGACGUAAUGAUCAUCGAUUUCGACAGAAGCAAUACAUGGAUAAACUUCUGCAAUUGGACGUGCGACGACCUUCGUUGUACGAGCUGGGCCGAUACAUCCAUCUGGACCAUGGCGCGCAGGAAUUUAUGGAUCUCAAAGCUUUGGCUGUGCUGUCCAUACUUCACAACCGUCUUGUUAAGACGAGUGGAAAGAAUGGCGUGGACCGCUGCCUAUAUCGACUGCUGUUGAACCGGGCUGGUGGCUCGCUUAACAACGGUGCCAUCUCUACGGAUGCUUUCCUCUCACUUUGUGAGAAGGUCGGCCAUCAAAAGCUCGACGGCUUCUUCAAGCAGUGGGUAUAUCAAGCUGGCUAUCCAAUAUUCGAAUGCCACCCGACAUUCAACAAGAAGAGGCAGACGGUCAAUUUAGUUAUCCGGCAGUCACAAAGCGGUCCGAUUAAUGAUGAGGCGCUCCGCUCCACCGACUUUAUGCGCGAAGCUAAGGAGCGGAGUCGAUCAUUUCAGCCGAACUCAGAUUUGCCUGCCUUUGUUGGGCCCAUGACGAUCCGUAUCCACGAAGCAGACGGAACACCAUACGAGCACAUCAUCGAAAUCAACUCGUCACAAGUGCGGGCCGAGAUCCCCUAUAACACCAAAUAUAAACGCAUCAAACGCAAUAAGCUUAACAAGGAGCGACAGGCGCAGGCACAAGGAGCUGACGCGUCUGGGGAACAAGACGAGGUUACUAUUUAUUCUCUUGGUGACCUGUUCCUGAAUUCGGAGGAAGCAGAAGAAUGGAAGAUCCAGGACUGGUCGACUGAAGACGAGCAGAAAAUGGAGAAUGAAGCGUACGAGUACAUACGAGUAGACGCUGAUUUCGAAUGGCUCGCAAAGAUAUCCAUCACCGAUAUGCCAUCCUACAUGUUCGUCUCGCAACUGCAACAAGACAAAGAUGUUGUUGCACAGGCGGAAUCCAUCCAAUACUUGGCCAAGAAGCAAGGACACGGUAUCAUUUCCAGUUUCCUUGUCAAGACGCUCAUGGACGCUCGGUAUUUCCACGGCAUCCGGACGAUGGCGGCUGAACUCCUCGCAAAUCAACUGCACAUUGAUGGUCCGGUGGAGCUGAUUGGGCUAUACCAUCUGAAGAAGGCUUUCCAAACGCUCUUCUUUGUCUCGAACUCGGAUAUGACGCGGCCCAAUGACUUUUCCGAUCGAGCUCUAUACAAUGUGCAGUGUGCUAUUCCUCGGGCCAUUGCAAAGGUGAAGGGACGCGAUGGAAGAACGCCUGCCGAAGUCAAGCAGUUCCUGCUCGAUAUCAUUCGCCAUAACGAUAAUCGGGGUAACGAUUUCAGUGACGAUUAUUACCUCGCCACACUCAUGCGAGGGUUGGCUGAGUGCCUUGCUGUGACACCAGCUGAUAAUAUCUCCAUCGAUUUCACAGAGCAGGCAGCAGAGAUCGACUUCAGAAAGAAGGCAAUGGGUGAGAUCGAUCGUCACAAGCGUCUUGACGAAUGGAUCCCUUCGUAUAACAACGUCUUCACCACGACCGCACUGGAGUGCGAUGCUCGGCUAAUGAAGGACCGUCUAAAGCCGCUAAAGAUUUCCGAGUUUCUGUUCUAUAGCCAGACUGGCAACGCAGAGAAUGUUCGGUUGAAGGCAUGGGAUUGUCUUGUGCGCCUAGGAGCGUUCUGCACAAAGGACCACAUCACGAAGUUUAUGAUCCAUGAGCUCUAUGCGGACCCAUCUCCAUACUUCAGAACCCAACUACUCCGAAUAAUGGGUAUAGCGAUUGGCCAGAUUGCGGUUGGCGAUACUGUCAUUCUGAAUGAGCUCCAGAAGCGGGAGGAGACUGAUGAUCGACUCCUCGUCCUUGGAAAUGAGCACGUUGAAGGACAAAUUCGAAAAGACAAACAGGAUCGCGCCAAGCUGGAUGGUGCCCUCCGUGCACUGAGGGUCGACUUGGGCAAGAAUGUGGCCUUCAAAGAGGCGCUGGAAGAGGCGCUCAAAGCCAACGGAUCGUCGUUGCAGGUUGUGUCUGAGCUGUUGGACAUUUGCGACAUGUUUGUUGAGCAGGCUAACAAGAUGAUUGUGACGCUGAAAUAUCCGCGAUACUGGAAUGUGGAGCGCGUCGAUCCCCCCCGUUCAGGUAAACUUCGCAUGCGCUUCUACCGAGGAGAAAAGAUUCGGACCAAGAUGUUUCGUCCGCCGAAACCCGCUCCGGCGGCUGUGGUCGAGGAGGCUACGAAGCCGGCGCCCAAGAUUGCGAUCAAGUUCGGCACGGGGAAGAGUACCGCGGGCAGUCCGACAGCAGAUGCGUUACCCCUAAGCCUAAAGACAUCUCUGCCUGCCCAGUCGCGUCCUGCAUCAGAAUCCGCGCCCGGCACUCCAGUACGCGCGAAUCCUCCGGGAGCUUCGCAAGAUAUCAAACGUCCUCUCCCUGUUCCAGAAGUACAAUCUUCGGCCACCUUCACGGGCACUCCGAAUGGUUCGAAGGCUUCGACACCGGCACCCUCAUUCCAGGCCCAAGCACCUUCGCCAGCAUCGACACAGGCUCCUGAAAUAUCCACACCUAUGGAAGGCGUGGAAUUGACCUCAGCACCAGCACCAGCGCCGCCCCGACCUCAACCCCUUCCGGUCAAAUUGUCAAUCCCGGCGCCCGCUCCUACCCGGUCUCCAGCUGCUACUCCCGCCCCGGCAUCUGCAAGAUCAACGCCUGCUCCUAUUCCAACACCGACUGUCGACACCACCAAGCCGCCGAAGCUCAAGAUCAAGACGCUUAAGCAUCCCAAGCCGUCGUCUUCCUCGCAACCAGUCAAGUCGUCUUCUUCCUCGCAACACCCCAAGCCGUCUCCAUCUCAACCCAAGGAGAAGAAGAGCAAGCACAUCAUACUACGCCUCCCACCGGCAAAGCUGGCCAUGAUUAGGAAGCGCAAGGCACAGACGGAUAUUGAUCCUCGCCCUGCAAAACGCACAGGCACCGAGUCGCCAUUCACGAACGGUUUUACGACCACGCCCAAGAGCGGGUUGGUUUCGGUCGUAAAGAAGGAUGGCGAGAGGCCGCGUCUUAUGGUGAAGAUGAAGGUGGGGAGUGCUAAUCUGGCGCGACUCGUCCGAUAAGACGGUGUGCGAGAAAGCCAUUGGGGCAAGAGACCUUGUACAGUUUACACUCGUGCAUUUUACGGCGUUUAUUGAUCAUUACUUUGGCAUGAGGGCCAGUUUGUAUUUUAUGAUGGGUCGAUGGGAGGAUUCCCCUGGUUAUUGCAUCUAGCGGUGGCGUUUCGGCGGCGGCUUAGGUGGGUUGACGGAUAUACCCUUUUACUUCCUUCCUCGC